AGAUCUGAGUGCUCUUUGUACUUAUUAUAAGCUUAACUCAUUUUGCAUGGAGGUGGGCUCCUACUAUUUAUCCCCCUGCCUCCUGCGAGCUGACCAAACUGAUCCAACCACUUGCAAUUCCCAUCGAUCCUGUCAAAAAAGCCGAGUUCGGCGCAAUUGUUCUCGUUUGAAGUUGAUUAGCCCCCCGUUGUGGCCAACAAAAUGUGUCUAUUGUGCUCGGCUGCAGCGGCCAAUCGGUGGAUACUGCGUGAGUUGGCAGUAUUGGGGAAAUUAAAGGGUCCACGCCGCAUUAUUGUGCCCAAUAAAAUUAAAGUUUUGUUUAUGAAUGGAAUUACACGACGACAUUUAGAUGGCCAAAAGAGCAGCUUGGCCGGGCCAACGCAGCUGGAAAUCGAGGGGCCGCCGACUCGGCUCAGAUUCACAGACACUUCAUCUAAAUGUCAGGCCAUAUCUAGCGACACUCGCAACACUCGGAUUCGCACUAGCCGGGGAUCGGAUUGGUCUUUGGUACUGGGGCCUGGACAUCUCUCGGUUACUCCGGUCUCCGGUUGUCGGCUCUCUUUGGCGGCUGCUUUGGCCAAAUCAAUUGAGCCGCCUUCCCCCAUAAACGAGCCAAAACAAAUGACUCCGACUUGCCUCGAGAGGCUGCGACUGCGGCGGAGACUGCUCUGCUCUUGGGACCCGGGGCAGCUGAAGAUCAUUAGUAUAAUUUAA